AUGACACUUCAGAAAAUCGAACGCUUCCAUGAAAUGUACCAUGGAGAUCUGUGUGAUGUGCAAAUUGGGGAUGUAGACACAAAGAAGGAUGUAGGACGUGUUGGAAGGAGUUAUGCGUCCACUUUAAUAAUGCCCCCCCAAAUGAACUGCAUCUACUCGUGUAUAUGUAACGAUUCGCGUGGCGAUCAAGGAGGAGACAAUUCGUGUCGAGGGGAGGAGCACCUUCCCAUCCUGCGAAUAGGUAGAGAAGUUAAGAACAAUUUAAUGAGAAAUAACUAUGCUAUGAAAAGUGGAGAGUUCGGCAAGGUAGAUAAUGGAAGGUGUAAAAAGGUUAUUAGUGAGGAGGGCUUCCGGAGCAUCGAUGAGGAUAGCAGCGAACGUGUUAGAUUGUGCGAUGAGUGUUUCCAUGCCUGUACCAUUGCGGAAUAUGGAGCCCCCAGUAAAACUAAUUACCCAGAGGAAUAUCUCCAUGGUGGACGUCUUACCAGAGAGGGCAUGAAGGGACCCACCGACGGAAGUAACAGCCUGACACAUCAGCAAAGAAAGGAUAGCAGUUGUAGUAGCCCAGGAGGAAGUGCCAUAUUGAAAAAGGAAACGUCAAAGGAAAAUAUCACUCCUCUGAUUGGUGAAGCAUCCAAAGUGGCAACACUUUUGCAUAAAAAAAAUGUUCAUCGGGGGAAUAAUAAAAAUUUGAACAACGGUAAUAUGGUGGUUUCCUCCACAGGGGAAGAAAAAAAUGAAAAUGUGAUAGAAUUAUCAAAGGAGAAGCCUCUCAACAGUUUAAAAGGGGCAAUCAGAAACAGCACCUGUGGGAAAGAAAACGCACCUAAGAUGAAGCCGCUCCUAACUUGCAGAAGCGGCAGAAAGUUUUUUAGGUCCCAUUUAAAGCUACACAGACUGAAAUGCCGUACUAUGAAGAUAAUAGAAAAGUUAAAAGACGCUAUGAUAAAGGAAAAUAUAGCUUACAACAGGAGAGGGAUGACGCGCAACAGGGGACACGACGACGGGAAUUCUCCUUAUAUGAAUGGGAAGGAAGUGGACCCUGAUGAAAAAAGUAAUAAUGAUCGUAGUCAUAAAAAUGGGGAGCGAGUCGGAAGGAGCAUCCUUGCCAAGCGAACAAAAGGCACCUUCUUGAAGGAAGAAGAUUAUUUAGUAUACAAAUUUAGGAGGACACUAAGGAGGUACGUGAAAAAAUAUCUACAUAAAAAAAUUAAAAUUUUGGAGAAUUCCCUUCAGGGGAAAAGAAACAUAGCGAAUGAGGAGAAGGUACACACCUUUAUCAUUCCAUCCAUGUCAGAGCGUGCUCAGAAAGACGUUUCUAAUUAUUACAGUUAUGUAGAUAAAUAUGUGAGGAAGUUUUUCCACUCCUAUUUUGUCAAGCUAGUUAAUCAAUUUUUUAAUUAUUACUUUUUUCACUAUAAGAGGAAAUGUGUAAAAAAUUACGUUGGUAGAUUUGGGGCGAGGGGAGGGAAGCUCGAAGGUGAAACCGCCUCUCAUCAUCAGCCUUUUUGUCACUCCAGAUUUAGCAUCAAAAAUGAUAAUGUUGCAUGCAGUAAGGUUAUGUAUUCCUCGUGCCAUGAUACAAGUGAGGCAAAUUCUGUAUCCUUCAGUGGGAAAGAAGAUACCUUGGAGGACGUUAAGAACAUUACGGAGGGGAGUAACCCAUCUGGCAGAGUCUUCAAUAACCUGCAUGUCGAGUCUUUCCAGAAGGGGAAAAAUAUCCUUGUUAGUGCAAAUCCUAAGAGGAGAAACUCCCCUUGUGUUGAGUUCAAGCUUGGCGCAGUAAGUAAUCCGUGGGGAAGUGGUAGCAGGGGCAGAGAGCGAAUCGAGGGGCGCGUCUGCAGCAGUAACGACGCAAGUGGGAAUAGCAACCACACUGAAAGCGGGAGUUGUAAUGGCAGCAGUGGUGGAAGUGGUAGUGGCAAUGGUAGUGGAAACAGCAACGGUGAUAACCGAAGUGGGAGCACCGGUGGAACCAGCGGUAGCAAUGAAAAUGACGGCAACGGUGAGGACAAUAAUGAGGACCACAAUGACCACAACAAUGACGACAGUGGAAACGAAAGCAGCAAUGAAAGCAGUAACGACAAUAUCAAGGGGAAAGACACAAAGGGUAACAACGGAGCGGAGGAUGCACAGUUGGAUGAACCGAAGGAGAAAAUCUGCAUGAGUACGAACGAUAAUGAACACGAAAAUUAUUACAAGCUUAUUAGAGAAAUUGAGUUUUUGGAAAAUAAUGAAAAUGCGAAGGAGGGCAUCUCGGUGAAGAAAAAGGAUUCUAUAGAUACAGUUCCAGGAGGGGAUGAACAGAAGGUGACCUCUGUAGGAGGUGAUAAUGGCCAAGUCAAAUUAGACUCAGGAACAAUGGAGAAGGAGGAGGAUGGGAACAUGAAAUUGGAUCGAAGUGGGGAAGACAAUCAAUUGCUAAACAUAAAUCAAAUGAUAAUUCACACAACCAAUUAUGUUAGUCAGCCGUUGAAAUUGCCCCUUCUACCUGAGAUGAGUCACCCGAAUUCGUAUUCCUCUCUUUCUCCUCGGAACAACACCUGUGGUAGUAGCAGUAGUAGCAGCAGCAGCGGAAGUAGUGGCAGCAGUAGCAGUAGCGGUAACAGCAGCAGUAGCAAUAGUAGUAGCAAUAACAACCAGGGAGGAGGCAAAAACAAUAUUAAUCAACUGAAUGACCCGGAUUUUGAAGAAGCAUGUGAUAUUAGACUAAUGAAUACACCGGAAAAUAUGAAGUUUUCGCAGUCACCUCCGACAAGCUCCCUACAUGCAUCGUCCUUACAUCUAACCGAUGUGAAUGAAUUAGUCCUUUCGCCCAAUCAGCAGAUAUGUUCUAAUAGCCCAUUGAAGUCGCCCAGCAGCACGCCCUUAACCCCUGCAUCUCCCAUUUUUGAUUCAAACUAUAACGAAGAGAACAUGGAAAAGGUGAACUCCAAUUAUUUCGUUUCCUCCCCGUAUAGGAAUGAUAUUUUCUCUGAAUUUGAUAUGUUGGGAUCAUUUUUUGAAUCACUGGAUGAAUUGGAAAAUAAAAGUGACUACACGGAGAGUAGCAGUAAUGAGAACUCCAAGUUUAGUCAGGACUUUUCGCUAGAUAUGUGUGGUCCGAAAAAGGGGAAAAAAGGAAACAUACAAAGGGAUGAAGUCAUUUAUAAUUUUAAGAGGGAUAAUUACAAGAAGGUCUUCCAUGCGUGGUGUAAUAAGGGGAAGCACGAAUUGAACUACGAUAAUAAAAAGUUCAACUCCAUUAUGGAGUGGAUAAAUUAUAUAGAAGAGCUCAUGUCCCAUGAAGGGCAAAAUGAUAGCAAGGGUGACGGGGAGGAAGAGCGACAAGAACAACGGCAACAACAACAACAGGAGCAACAGCAGAUGGAAGCAGAGCUGGAGGAGGAACAGUGUAACCUACUUCACGAGAUGGAGCAUGAACUGGAACACGAACGGGAACAGGAGGAUAUAAUGAAUAUUGGUAUGAACGGGAACUUUUUUAACGAGGAAAAUGUCUACCAGGUGGAUAACAGCGCCUUUCACAGUGAUGAAUAUAUACCCGUGGGGAAGGAAAACGAAGGGGGCAAUGACCAGGUUGAUUACUCGGUUAACAGUGGGGUCGACUACCUGGUUAGCACAGGAGUUGAUUACAUGGUUAGCAGCAUGGCCGACUAUGCCGUCAGUGGUAAUGACCAGGGAGAGUAUUACAAAGACAGUGGAGAAAGCGGUGUCUUAAAAGAAGAGAACAAGUGUGAUAAUUUCCUAGCUAGCCAAAAUGUGAAUGUAAUGAUGAGUACCCCCGAACAGGGCAACAAUUCCUUCGUAGCAGAUAAUUUAAGUGCUUACCAGGGGGAUGAGGCAGGAGGAGGAGCAAUGGGCAGCCCGCAUAGUCAGUGUGGUCUUCUUUCCUCUUCUUUAGUAAAGCCAAAUUAUGAUGCCAAUCCGUGCAUCAGUACCUUCGGGGGGGAACAGAAUUUGCUAUCGGAGUACAACAACGCGGAGGAUAACGUCACCUACUGUAAUAAUGACACCAGGCAGGAAGCGCUCGGUGAUUAUUUUCACCCUUCAACAUUGGACGGCGCACAGAUUCAGAGCGGCUCCUCUAGUGUGGGUGGCAGUGGCUUUAUGUGGAACAAUGGCACAAGUGGGGCCGAGGGAAACAGUGCAGGAAAUAUCAGCGAAAAUGUAGCAAACGCUAUGGAUAACCAUGAGGGGGAUCACCACGUCCACGUACUGCAACCCGUCGGCACGGAGAACACCCCUUUGGACGCUGCGGAAAAGGUUGGGGCGCAGAAUGAAAAGGACACGGCUGAAAAUUACACGCCUUCGUCCAACUGUGCUGAUGUCCCAAAUCCGUGGAUGGCACAGUGA